UGACAAGUGAAGGAGGAGAAGAGGAGAUUGAACCAUGAGAGAGAACAUUGCUAGUGUGUUAUCCCAAAGCAUGGCGUUCACUGACUGUACGAAACCCACUGACCUGUCCGCAGAAAAGAAGGGGAUAAAGAGGAAAAACUGGAGGAACAGAAUAAGAUUUCUCUUGAAAGCAAACUCUUCCAAGUCGAUAUCACAUCUGAUGAAAAACAAAUCUUACAGGCCGACUGCUGAUGACGUGCACCAAUGGGCGCAGUCACUUGACAAACUACUCAGUCAUAAAUAUGGGAAAGCGGCCUUUUGUAUCUUCCUGAAGUCUGAGUUCUGCGAGGAGAACAUUGAGUUUUGGACCGCCUGUGAGGAUUUCAGCACCCUCACGUCAGACAAAGAGCUGGCGUCCAAGGCCCACAGUAUUUACGAGGAGUUUAUUAAAAGUGAAGCUCCAAAAGAGAUAAACCUGGAUUUCCACACCAAAAAUGCCAUCGUCCAGAGCCUCCAUGAGCCCACUGUGAACACCUUCCUGGCAGCUCAGAGGAAAGCCUACAGCCUGAUGGAGAACAACUCCUACCCCAGAUUCAUCUUCUCCGACCUCUACAAAGAACUGAGUGCAGCUGCCAGGGGAGAGGGCAAGCACAUUAAGUCCUAGUCAAACCAGACACCCACUCCUGAAGUCAUUUGUUUACCGCUGUGACGGCGUGAAGAGACAGCUGAUGAUGUUCAUUCCAGGCACUGCCUCGGGAUAAUAGACUCCAAUGCAAAUCCUGAGCAUAAACAAUAACGGCGAGUGCGGGAAAAUGCAAAAGUGAAGCCCUUUUUUUGUCCGCCCCGCUGAGAGCUUAUGAUGUUGGGAUGAUAAGGCAGCUGGCAAUGCGCAGAUCAUUUCUACCAGAUGAAAUUAAGGUUACAUUUUCUUGACUGGGCUGAUAUCUGCACUAUUACAAUUUGCUAUUUUGGGCAAUGAUGCGCUUCAAGAGAAUGCUGUUGAAGUGCAACUGCAAUCAAAGCGAAGAUGACUGUCAGUAACACUUACCUGUAUCUCUUAGAGACAAUGAUGUUAGAAUGUAAUAAUGUUCUGAUAUCCACUUGAAGACUUUGCACAGCUUUCAUAUACACAGGACGUCUUGUGUAUGAAAACCACACAGAAACUGUAAUGUUGACUUAUGUAAUAAUAUUCACAAUUUCCACUGAAGACUGUAUUGGGCGUGAAGUUACUGUGAACAUGUCAUGUAUUGUAUAUAUUGCAUGUGUUGAUUCUGAAUCUAAGUUUGCAGGCAGCUGGACUGCUGGAGAAAUAAAAUGUGUUCUUCAAUU